AUGUCCCGUUCACUUCUCUCUCUUGCCCUCCUGGCGUGGGCUCUACCCGUCCAAGUCCAAAGUAUUCCCCAUCAGCCUCCUCCUCAGAACGGCAACUUCUACCCACCGGGACCACCGCCAUUGCCACCAUGCGGUGAUUCAACCUCGACAGUAACAGUUACCGCUUCUUCUUCUUCUACUGAGACUGUUACUGUGACGGCUGCUUUAUCCUCGCCCUCGUUCUCAUCUUCGAAUACGGGAGUGGUGACGGUUACUGUCACCGAAGCUGGACUUCGUGAGCCACCACCUUUUGCAUCUCAGCCGGCCUCUGAGAUCCAGACGAUCCAGACUGUUACGGUUACUGCUCAUCCUCGUCCUGAAGCCCGUCCUCAACCGCAGCCGCAACCGCAACCUCAACACGGAUGGGCACCUGGGGGGGCUGGGGCUGGCUGGGGUCAGGGAGUCCCCGAUCAUGGUGGAGAUCCGGCUUGGGGUCCAGAAAGAGGUCCGCUUGUUCAAACAGUAAUUGUUACUGAGCCCGCUGGCUCAGUAUCAGCCCCCGCGUCGAUGAUGGUUCCGGUUUCGGUGGUUACUGUCACUCGGUCAGCACCUGUUUUCAGCCACCCACACAAUGGUAACGGUUGGCCACGACCAGAUGAUGAUGGUUGGAGGCAUUCGGAUUGGGUGUCUUAUCCCAGGCCUAGUGUUAGUGUCGGUGGUCAUGGUGAUGGGCUGGAGUUGGUGACGGUUACUGUUACCAUACCAGCAACCACGUCUACCAGACCUUCGGAGCCUUGGGCUGAUCAUAACGGCCCACCUACUUGGCCUAGGCCUCAAUGGCCUCAUUUUGAUCCUCAUCCCUAUCCUCCGAGUCAUCCUGAUCCAAGGCCGAACUGGCAGCCGAAUACGACGGUCUCGGUUCCUGUGGAGGUGCAGAGUGUUUCACUUCCGUCUCACGAUUCAACCUGGGGAUGGGGCUGGGGUCAUGAUUGGUCUUGGGGUCAUGACUCCCACCCUCAUCCCAACUCAGACCCUGAGUCAAGCUCGAACUCGGCAGGGUCAGACUUGAACACGGCAGAAUCGAACUCGAACUCGAAACACGAGGAUCAAACCAACCAGCAUGACGAACAAAAUCUCAAUGAGGGGAAGAGCAAUAAUGAGGAACAGGAACAGGGAAAGCAACAACAAAAGGAGGGUGAUACUAGCCUCCUAGAUAUAGACCUUGACCUUACCCUUGGUUGA